AAAAAAGCCGUACAUUAUUUUCGUCAUUUGUCACUCGUAACACACUCAGUUUUGUUAUUUUUCACUACUGUUCAAUUGAGAAAUGCAGUGCUGUUGUUACUGUAGCCAACUGAUGUGUCCUUACUUACAGUGGGUGGAUGUAACAAUUACACAGACCUGAGUGAAGCAGACCGCGCCCAAGGACAAAUAGUGAUCAACGGCAACUAUAGAUGCGAUUGGAACCUGGUAACAGGUUGGUAUCGUUUCCAAGGAGCUGCUGGAGAUCGCAUUGCGGACAAAUGUGUUCCCAUGCGUCACUGCGGUACUGCAAUUCCAGGUUGGCUCAAUGGCGCACACCCGACGAUCGCCGAAGGUGUAGUCACUCGUAGAGUCUGUUUUUCCUCGUCAGACACCUGCUGUUACCGGUAUAACAAUGUCAGAAUAAAGAACUGUGGCGCGUAUUUCUUGUACCAAUUUUCGAGGCCGUAUCAAUGCUAUGCUGGGUAUUGCGGUAAUGAAAACGCAGUGGAUGGGUGUAAAAAUUAUACAGUCCUGAGUGAAGCAGACCGCGCUCAAGGACACGUGGAGAUCAACAACAAUUUUAGAUGCGAUGCGCGAGACCUGGUACCAGGUUGGUAUCGUUUCCAAGGAGCUGCGGGAGAUCGGAUGGCGGAGAAAUGUGUUCCCAUGAAUCAUUGCGGCAGUGACAUGCCAGUUUGGUUUUCUGACCCACACCCGACAAUCGCAGAAGGCGUGGUCAUUCGUAAAGUCUGUUUUCACUAUUCAAACAAAUGCUGUUUUUGGCGUUACAACAUCAGAAUAAAGAACUGUGGUGCGUAUUUCGUAUACGAGUUACUGGAGCCGCGUUCAUGCUCAGCUCGGUAUUGUGGUAACGGAGUCGCAGGUAAGUUUCUCAGGAUGUUUUUAAUUAUUUCAGUCAGCAGCCAAAACAUCAAGUUACAGUAAGGAUUUAAAUUUGUUUAGGCAACACCUUUUUACUGUUGUGGAACAGGUUAAGGUUAAACAACACCUUCGCGGUGCCCUUCAGAAAAAAUUCAUACCAGCGUUAAUUUUAAGGAAACUACCACAAACUAUAUGUCAAUAGAAAGGCUAUAAACUGUAAAUUUCGGGAAAAAUACCUACUAUUUUGGCCGUGCCUUUGUGGAGAAGAAAGAAGAUGGAAAAUGGAAAACGACCGACUGUUAUUCGGCCGAAUUAAUCUGGUAUCAAACGCAGUGUUAAUCAGCAAGCAUCAAUCUCUCAAAUCGUGUCGGGGUUUUCCUGUAUUCUUAUUGGUCAUCUUUUUAUAGACCGGUGAUUUACAGUAUUGAAUAAUUUCCGACCCUGCUACGUUCGCGCCUGCCACAAGAGAAAUGUUCCAUAUAAAAAGAAAAAUCCUCGACACCCUUUUGUUCUUCGAUUUUAAAGAAAUGUUCUGGCCAAAUUUCGUGACAAUCUACCAACUCUACAUACCCUAUUAAUUCAUUUAAAGAGAUAGUACUCUCGCGAAAAACUAUUGCAAGUUAUCGCCGUUAAAGAAUGGUAAACAUGUCACGCCUUUACUCGGAUGUAUGUCAACAGAAUAUGCCGCCAGCCAAUGAAAUCAUGGCACCCCUAACGUUCACGGCAAGUGAAAUGAUUUUCGCGGGAAUCCUAAGACAAGAAUGGUCUAAUAGUCACGUUUUUCUUGUUGAACUUCACUGAGCGUGCAUUUAUAGAGACGUCUUCACCGCUCAUGAGAACUAGGGAAAACCAAGAGGAAUAAGCGUGGUACGAGUAUGCACGAUCCCUUACCGCUAUUGGUCAAGGUUGCCUUCUUGUCUUCCAGAAAUUCCGUUUUUGUCUCCGGUCCUGGGACGCGUUUCUCGAAAGCCCCGGAAACUUUUCGGGCCCGUAAAGCCAUUUUUAGUUCAU